UUAAUGAGCGCCGUAGGAGCUGCCACAAACGCACGCCUAUGGUGACCUCCGACUCCGGUCCAUCCCUCCGCCGCCACAGCCGCCGCCGCCGCCGCCUCGUCUUCGACCGCCGCUACGGAUGGAUCUUCGACGAGUGGACGGACCCCGCCGACGCCGCCCUCGCCGGAGGCAGGGGGAUGUUCUGCGUGCUUCCCAUGGCGCGGUCGCUGCUGGACUUCGCCGUGUCCUCGGUUACCUGUGCGGCAGACUCGGUUAGCCGAACUCUUAAGCGCUCUGAAAUUUCAUCUCCUAUAGCAUAUCUUCCUGCCCUAUCAUUGGAGAGGAGGCAGCAAACAUGGUUUCGUGAACUUGAGCAUGUUGGAGUCAUAGCUGAUACGAAGUUAGUACCAUGCAGAACUCAGUGCAGCUUGGAGUGUAUGAGCACGGAUGGUCAUUGAUUGACAAGGCAUGGAAUCAUCAAUUAAUUGAAUACCUAGGUUCUGUGUAUGAUACAUUACUUCCUAUUUGUUUAUGUCAAAUUCUUGAAAUUUUAUCAAGGAGCCCAUUGUCUGUCUCUUUUGUCUCAUUUUUUAAGAAAGCAUGAAGCUCUUUAGCAAUUAGGUAAAGUUUUGCUAAAAUCAUGCCAUGAGUUUGUUGAUGGUCGGCCAGGUGAGAGGUCAGAUUUCACCAUCAUACUUUGCUGAAAUUAGAGAGUUCAUAAUUAGUUUUUCAAAUUUUAUUUUCUAAUUCAAAAUAAGGGACGCAGAUAACACCAAACAUUGCUGCCCAAAGUUUGGCUGCAAUGCUAUAGGAAGUUCAAAAUAAUAUUCAGUUUACCCUCUGUUCCUGUCUUGUAUUCCAGGUGAGUUGUGUUACUAUAGGUGACGAGCGUCUAUAACUGCGCCAUCUGGUUCUUCUGAUUAGUAAGCAGUGGAACUACUUGAACAUGGAGUGUAACUGUGUAAGCAGUUUGAAACAAAUGAUAGCAUAAUUAAAUGUUGGGGUAUCUG